UAAUGAGGACAGCAAAAGAAGGAGAAUAUCCAUAUUAUCAUCAUUUAAAAAAUACUAUUGAUGAUAAAACUCAAAAGCUUUUUGAUAAAGAUAUCUUAAAUGAAUAAGAAAGAAAUACAGCUGCUGAUCUUUACAUUGAAUACAAUAAAAAUAUAGCAGAUGUUAAUUAGUUUUUAUUGCUUGAAUAUUCAGUAUUACAAAAUAAAGUAUAUAUCUAUUAUAAUUAUUAGAUCAACAAAUGUCUUAGAAAUCGUUGUUAUGAUGAUAUAUUUAAGGAUAGAUAAUCAAUAAGAUUUUGUGUAAUUGAAUGUACAUAAGGUUUGAAAGAUGCCGAUAAGUUUGUUUAGAAUUAAUUUUAGUUAUUGAAAGAUGAUUUCUAAGAUUGUAUGGAAAAGACUAAUACAGGAUAAUGGAUGAUUUCAGGUGUAUUCAAAUGUUAUCAUAAUUUGAAUGAAAAGUUUUCAUAAUUAAAAUUAAACAUUAGAGAGGAAUUUAAUUAUUAUUAAUGA